UUACAUACAAUACAAUUUUAAAGAUCUAACAGAACGGUUAAUUUAUCACUCUAAUAAAGUAUUUCAGACUUAUUUCAUAAUAAUCGAAAAGGGGUUUAUUGUCACAAAUCAGCCCUAAUUAUGUUUUUUAACUUGAUUGGAUGUUUACCAAGAAUCCCUUCAGGGAUUCGGUAUAGCCGACGAUGUUUCUCCGUUUUUCCAACUUCUAAAAGUUAUGUAAACAAUUUAAUGGACAUUUUACAUAAUAAUCUAGACUUGCCGAGGAUUCAUGGGCCAACUGCAGAGGAGGUGGUGAAAGACAUAGAUCUAUCAGGUAAAACGUGCUUGAUCACUGGUGCAAACAGCGGCGUAGGGCUGGAAAUGACGCGGUGCAUGAGCGCACGAAACUGCUCCGUGCUGAUGGCGUGCCGCAACGCCUACGCAGCGAAUGUGGUGAGAAACUCCAGCGACAAGCCUCACCUGUUACAUUUCUACGAGACUAACCUGGCUUCUCUCAAAUCAGUGAAAAAAACAUCAGAUGAAAUUCUAAGUCGAAAUCAGAACAUAGAUAUAGUUAUAUUAAACGCGGGAGUAUUUGGAUUGCCAUGGACUCUGACGGAUGAUGGGCUGGAGACCACUUUUCAAGUCAACUAUUUGAGUCAGUAUUACCUACUGAUGAAUAUAGAAAAAAUACUUGCCCCCAAUGCAAGAGUGGUAUUUGUUUCUUCGGAAUCACACAGAAACAUUAAAUGGUCUAUGGAAAACAUAUUGACGCCCCAUAAAGACAUAUUAUCUCUACCAGAAGAGGAAUAUACAUCAAUUAGAGCAUAUAACGUAUCGAAACUUUGUGGUCUUCUAGCGAUGCACUACUUGGGCUAUCGUUGGUUGAAUACUGGUAAACAAGUUUUCAGCGCACACCCUGGUUCUUUCGUCAAAACAAAUUUGUGCCGCAACUGGUGGGUAUAUGAGGCGCUUUACACUUCAAUGUUGCCAUUUUCAAAAUCAAUAAGGCAGGCAGCCAGCACCCCAUUGUAUUGUGCCACGUCGCCAGAUUUAGAGGGAUUAUCAGCUCUGUACUAUAAAGACUGCGAGAGGUGCGAUGAGAGUGAGCUCGCGAGGAACUUCCACCUGUCAUUCAGAAUACAGGAUUUGACUUACGACUUACUGCGUGAUCGUAUCUUGUCAUCAGAUGAGGCGACACAAGUUUCCAAGUCAACCGACUACCCAGUUCACGAUAAACACUCUAUGGAUGACAAUACGCUUAUCUCAAAUUAUUCUGGUUAACCAAGAAACUUACAUUUGAAAGAUUGUGAUUCUGAAAUGAAAGUGAAUAGUAUUAUAAAAAAACUUUAU